UUCAAGAAGGCAGCACAAUUUGAAAAGAAAAACAGCAUUUUACCGAGAUGUCCAUGAAAUGGAUCUCAGCUCUGCUGCUGCUACAAUUGUGUUGUUGUUUUAGCUUUGUGAGCUGUGGAAAGGUGCUGGUAUGGCCAAUGGAGUACAGCCACUGGAUGAAUAUGAAGAUCAUUGCAGAGGAACUUAUCCAGAGAGGACAUGAUGUGACAGUUCUGAUACCUUCAAGCUUUAUUUUUCUUGAUGUUAAUGCAUCAUCUGGUAUUAAAUUUGAAACAUUUACUGCAUCUAUGAGUAGACAACAACUGGAAGACUUUUACACUCAGUUAAUCACUAAGUGGAUGAAUAUACAAUCAGUAGAUACAUGUUUGGCGUAUUCUCCAGUAAUGGAAGACAUUCUUAGGGAAUAUUCUGGGAUUUGGGAGAAUGUUUGUAAAGAAGCAGUUUCAAAUAAGAAACUUGUGACAAAACUACAAGCAUCAAAAUUUGAUGUCCUUCUUGCAGAUCCCGUUGCGCCCUGUGGAGAGCUAGUGGCUGAGCUAUUGAAACUACCUUUUGUGUACAGUCUUCGCUUCUCCCCUGGCUUCCAUGUGGAAAAAGCUGCUGCAGGGCUUCUAUUUCCUCCUUCUUAUGUACCUGUUAUCAUGUCACGCUUAAGUGGUCAAAUGACUUUCAUGGAAAGGGUGAAAAACAUGAUAUGCAUGAUUUAUUUUGACUUUUGGCUUGAAACAUUUAAUAAGAAAAAUUGGAACAAGCUUUACAGUGAAACUUUAGGAAAACCCACUACAUUAUAUGAGAAAAUGAAACAGGCAGAUAUGUGGCUUAUUCGGAGCUACUGGGAUUUGGAAUUUCCUCGCCCUACCUUACCAAAUGUUGACUUUGUGGGAGGACUCCAUUGCAAACCUGCCAAACCUCUACCUAAGGAAAUGGAAAACUUUGUGCAGAGCUCUGGAGAACAUGGAGUUGUGGUGUUUUCUCUGGGGUCGAUGGUCAGUAACAUGACAGAAGAGAGAGCGAAUGUGAUUGCUUCAGCCCUUGCACAGAUUCCACAAAAGGUUCUUUGGAGAUUUGAUGGCAAGAAACCAGAUACCUUAGGGCCCAACACUCGGUUGUUCAAGUGGCUCCCCCAGAACGACCUGCUUGGUCAUCCAAAAACCAGAGCUUUUAUAACACAUGGUGGAGCCAACGGUGUUUAUGAGGCAAUCUACCAUGGAAUCCCUAUGGUGGGCAUUCCUUUGUUUGGGGAACAACAUGAUAACAUUGCUCAAAUGGAGGCUAAAGGAGCAGCUGUUAAACUGGAAUUCAAAUCACUAUCAACUACAGAUUUGCUAAAUGCACUGAAGACAGUCAUUGACAACCCUUUCUAUAAAAGCAAUGCUAUGAAGUUAUCAACCAUUCACCAUGAUCAGCCAAUGAAGCCCCUGGACCGAGCAGUCUUCUGGAUCGAGUUUGUCAUGCGCCACAGAGGUGCCAAGCACCUGCGGCCACUUGCUCAGAACCUCACCUGGUACCAGUACCACUCUUUGGAUGUGAUUGGCUUCCUGCUGGCUUGUGUGGUGACCGUUACUUUCGUUGUCAUAAAAUGUUGCUUGUUUUGUUUUCAAAAUUUUGCCAAGGUAGGAAAGAAGAAAAAGAGAGAGUAGAGUCUUUAAGGUGUAUGGCAUUAGAAGUUCGAGCAUUUCACUUAAUUCCACUGCCAUGAAUCAGUCAUUACAAGAUGGUCCUCCAUUAUUUAUAAGACCUUUGCCCUCUUGAUUUACCCAUAAUUUUAAUGCUAUUUAAGGCAGGCAUACUUCAAAUUUCAGUGUUCCCAUAAUGAUUCUACUUUAGUUUUGAUAUGUAUUUCAUCAUAAAUUUUAAAAAAGGAGAGUCACUGGAAUCACAUUUUGUUGCUUUGAAAAAAAACAGGAAGCCUGAAGAUUUUGUUGUAUUUUCAAAAACAUAUUCUAUUUGAAUAAAAUGUAAUUCACUGGAGUAUUUGUAUAUGUCAAAGAACAUCAGAGGAAGAUUUUUAAUAGUACUGUGGGAGAUUUUAUUCAAAGAACUAAAAUAGAGAAGAGAGACUUUAAUAUAAACUGAUCUCAACUUACUAAGAAAAAUGUGACUAUUAAUCUCAUGGGACUAAAAGGAGACUCUGGGGAAGUGAAGAAGGCAAGCCAAAGGGAAGCAGUGGGCUGUAUGGAAGUGGAAAACUUACAGAGGAAGGAAAAAGAAAAAUUCUGAAAAUGGCCUGGCAAAUGGGGUUAGAAAAAGUACUGUUUGAAAUUUGAGAGAAUCACACUGGCAUGAGCGAAGAUAGAAGAGGGAAGGGUAAGAUCAGCUGUAGGGAUGUAGCCCAUGACUUAGGGCAGAUAGCAUGGUGAGUUUAGUUAAUUUCACAGCAUAUCAUUAAGGCAAAUAUUUUUUCUUGUAGGAUUUUAGCAUUGAAAUCACUUGGAAAAUACAAAGUAUAUCCUAUAAAAUUUCUACUUGAUUUGCACAAUUUUGUUUGUCCAAACUAGCUUCUUUCCUCAAACUUUGUAACCUAGUAAUAUACUUGAUUUGAACAAUAAACAACCUUUUCUGCAUGUGGCCUUCAAUAUUAUCUAGUUACUAAUUUUCUCUUACCAGACAUUCAUGUAUAACUGGACAGUAAGACAAAAAAUGAAAGGAAUAUGGCCUGUUAGUUCAGAGUAUUAGCUGAGGUUCUGAGAGUUUAGUUCAGUGCUAUUAGAGUAUAAUAUUAUAUUUCCCUCCUUCUCCAAGUAAUUCUCUAUUUUUUCACUUUAUCCUUCUAGUCAGAUGUUUCUACCACCUCAUGAUAUAGGAUACUGAGGACACAAAAAUCAGAAAUUCAUAUUACCUCUGUAUUCAUAUACCUCUGUAUUCUGUAAAUACACACAGAAAAAGUGAAGAUGGAACAAGGGGCAAAUAUUGUGUGCAGCCAUUUUUAAAGCCUGUGCUUUUGAGAGCAAUAUAAAAUGCAAAAUUCUCCACAUCUUGUCUCUAAACAUCUACAGACAUUACCUAUGGAUGCGCAGCAUGCUGUACAAUGUAACCCACACACAGGAGGGAAACUAAGUGGGGGCCGGUUCUGCCUAACUGAGAUGUUUUCAAACCGCUGGUUGGAAAAGACAGAUGAUUAUCAUUGUGACGUAUGGAAACGCUCAUGUAUAUAAACGUUAUAAGUAAUUGUCAGUCAAUAUAUUAUGGUAAUAAUGUCAAGAAAAGAAGUGCCAAUGGUUUUCUUUUAAGAAACUUUGAAUAUCUAACCACUAAAAAGAAAAAAUAAUAUGUAUAAACACUAUUUUGAGAAAUAAUGAGACUGUAUAUGCACUAGCUGACCCAAAUUUCAAGCUAUUAUCUAUUUCUUAGUAUAAUACUCUGUGAAAAUUAAAUGACUUUAUUGAA